AUGGCUAACCCGCGUCCUAUAUACAGCCAAAAGCAUGGAGAUGACGGCCAGGACCAGAUAGGGUCGAUGGGUUCAACGCCUACCGGGAUCGCAACGCCGCAGCCCGAUCCAUCUGACAAGCGCGUCCCCGGGAUCAUGCCGAGUUUCUUUGCACAGGUUGGUGCUGGUUCCGAUUCUACUUCAAACCCUACCACUACCACCACCAGUAUACGACCUUCUUCCUCCUCCUCCUCUCCUCCUCCUCCUCCUCCUUCUCAUUCCAUGUCUUCUUCCUCCUCUUGUUCUACCCAUCAUACCCCAGGGAAGCAUAGUAGUAAUGAUGGUGUGGUUGCUGUUGGGGAUCCUUGCCAGCAGACCGGAGAGACACAACAGCAGGAAAUACACUCGGAUGCUCUGAAACCGCCUACUUCAACAUCACACUCCCCUCCACUCACUGAGUCGACCAAUCUAUUGGACCGUGGUUGUCAGAAAUCAGCACCUGUCAGCACACAUUCUCGUCCUGCCACCGCCCAGAGUCUCGAGGUGAUAUCGGACAAGGACUACUUCCUUGCCCCUUCAAAGCAUACAAGUAGCGGUGGCGGUGGCCGCGCUGAUGCUGAUGCUGGUGCUGUUGCUGUCAAUCCUUUACCGACUCCUCCCCGCUCCUCGUUCUGUUCCAUCGCCCAUAGAGACACUGAAGAGGCCGAGAAUGGUGCUCCAGAAGUUGAUACAGGAGUGAGCUCGGUUUACCGCGCCCUGAAGAACCUUAUAUUCUCCAAGUCCUCACAAAAGCAAAAGCCCAAACGACAUACCUCCUUUCCUGUCUCCAGUGUCUCCCCAGAUGCCGUUAUGGCUUCCCACUUUUCCAAACCUUCCCGUCCUUCCUCACAGUCACUAUCAAAACCCAACUCUCUCUCAUCUUCCUCCAAAUCCUCCUCCCAAAAUCAUAAUAACCACCUUCAUCAUCCCCACUCAAUCUCCAGCUCUUGCGAGGAUCUGGGAAAGCUGACAGACAGCGUGGCCGCGGGCCCGCGGACAAAGAACACACCUCCUCUCACCCCCCGUGCAAUGUCCAAUGAAACCGAUGCCGCAGAGAAGAGAGACCCUCCUAGGUCGAUAAUAGAGCAUUCUCCCCCUCACCAGGGUAACAAUACCCCAGACAGCAGCUCUCAGGGGGGAAGACACUCGACCGCCUCUUCGUCGAAUGCGCGGAAAAGCAAAUCAAACAAGCCUUCGGCCUCCUCUAGAUCCAGUGGAGCCUCAGAGGAAUCAGGCGUACCGGUAACCGCCUCUCUAAAGGGAAAACUAACCGUCAAAAUAGUUGAAGGACGUGGCCUUCGUCCUAGCGUUGAUCCGUAUGUCGUGUGCGUUUUUGAAUGGAACGAGUACAUCUCCAAGGGUGCAAAGCCAGAUGAGAAGGGUGGCCAGACUGCUAGCACGGCCGGUCAUGGGGCUGGUUCUAGAAACAGACUCGAAGCGCUGGGAUCGGUGCCAAUUCAGCGGUCGAACAGUGACUCCGGACGUCCAAUGGCCAUACCAAUGAAGAGUCGACAGAGUAGCCACAACAGCAUGAUGGAUGGAGGGCAUAGUAACGGGCCUAUUGAAGUGACUGAUCCACAGUGGAAUCACGAUGCCGUCUUUGACGUGCUUGGCCAUCAGUCGGAACUUGACGUGUCUGUUUAUGACCGUUCGAACCAUGAGGCCUUCCUCGGCCAUUUGAAACUAUCACUCCACCUAAAGGACGACCACACCACAUUGUCGGGAUGGUAUCCUCUCCAACCACUAGCCCAUGGUCAGGGCCCAGUGUCCGGAGAGAUAUACCUUCAGAUGAGCUUCCAGAAGACCGACAAAAAGCAGUUCGGUCCGAACGACUUCCAGAUUCUCAAGCUUAUCGGCAAGGGUACUUUUGGUCAGGUGUACCAGGUGAGAAAGAAAGACACUCAACGGAUUUACGCUAUGAAAGUAUUGUCGAAGAAAGUCAUAAUCCAGAAAAAGGAAAUUGCCCAUACUCUUGGGGAGAGAAACAUCCUUGUCCGCACCGCCAUGACGGAUUCUCCAUUCAUCGUUGGUCUGAAAUUUUCCUUCCAGACUCCUACGGAUUUGUACCUUGUCACAGACUACAUGUCGGGCGGUGAGCUGUUCUGGCAUCUCCAGAAAGAAGGGCGAUUCCUUGAAGCCCGCGCGAAGUUCUACAUUGCCGAAUUAAUCCUCGCCCUACAGCACCUUCACGACCACGACAUUGUGUACCGCGACCUGAAGCCUGAGAACAUUCUUCUUGAUGCCAACGGGCAUAUAGCUCUAUGCGAUUUCGGCUUGUCCAAGGCCAAUCUCACCAAGGAUGACACCACCAAUACCUUCUGCGGUACAACUGAGUAUCUCGCUCCUGAAGUCUUACUUAACGAGACCGGGUACACUAAAAUGGUCGAUUUCUGGUCCCUGGGUGUCCUUGUGUUUGAAAUGUGCUGCGGUUGGAGUCCCUUCUACGCCGAGGAUACCCAGCAAAUGUACAAGAACAUCGCGUUCGGCAAGGUUCGGUUCCCUCGUGACGCCCUCAGCGCUGAAGGUCGAAACUUCGUCAAGGGUCUGUUGAACCGCAACCCUGAACAUCGGCUUGGCUACCGGGAUGACGCUAAGGAACUCAUGGCACACCCAUUCUUCCAUGACAUCGACUGGGUCGUUCUAGCCAACAAGGGCGUUAUCCCUCCCUUCAAACCAACACUUACAUCUGUCAUGGAUACUUCGUACUUUGACCCCGAAUUUACCACUGCCCUGGAACAAUCUGCUUCCCUGAACGCGAGAGCCGCUGCAUUGGCGAAUGGGCUGAAUCCCGCUGGUACACCGCUGUCCCCCGGCAUGCAAGCUAACUUUAAAGGUUUCACUUUUGUCAACGAGAGUUCGAUGGAGCAUCAUAUGAACCAGGGUGAGAAUUACUCUAGUAAUACGGCCGACGACUACAUGGAGGAAGACUUCCCUGAGCAAUGGGCGCAACCUCAUAAAGUCAGUGGUGGUACUGGCAAGGCUGGCACAGGCCAUAGUGCUGGCCCCGACCAUAGCCAUCGCAUGAGCGGAGUUGAGCGCACAAGCACUGCAUCAAACGGCGAUGCUGAUGCGGGUAUCUUCCAUGACGACUAUCACUUUGAGAUGUGA